UUUUCUAGUUGGUUGCUGGUAACGCAGAACAGUAAAGCGUUUCAAAGAAUUAGAGGCACUAAGUCAUUCCUCUGCAGCAUUUCCAGAAAACCUGUGCAAACCGAAAAUCUUUUUGCAACUGGAUUAUCAUCCAAAUCCUGCAGCAACUCUUCUCCCAUCACAUCGCAGUGAAAGAGCUCAGACCUCAGAUAACAUUGCAGCCAGGAUUUGUAACAUUGUGUUUUAAGUCAGCGUUACAGCGAGUGGAUUCUCACCCCCAUCACAAUGACCCGCCGCCGGUUUAAGGACAACUUUUGGUGUCCAGAGUUUACCAGCCAAGUUGGGUAUGAAGUAAUACUGGAACGACUUCAUGAAGGUCGGAAAAUGUGCAAAGACAUGGAAGAACUACUAAAACUAAGAGCACAGGCAGAAGAGAAAUAUGGGAAAGAGCUGGUGCAGAUUGCACGCAAAGCUGGUGGCCAGACUGAGAUCAACACGCUACGAAUAUCUUUCGAUAGUCUAAAACAACAAAUGGAAAACAUAGGAAAUCUACACAUUCAGCUUGCGGGCAUGCUGAAGGACGAGGUUAAACGUAUGGAGGAAUUCAGGGAGAGACAGAAGGAGACGAGGAAGAAGUAUGAAAUUGCCAUAGAGCGGAUUCAGAAGAACAAAGUGGCUUUAUACAAGAAAACUCUAGAGUUGAAGAAAACCUACGAGCAGAAGUGUAAGGAGGCAGACGAGGCGGAGCAGAAUUUUGAGCGGAUAAACUCUAUAGGAACCCAGAAACAGAUUGAAAAGUGUCAGAACAAGGCAAAACAGUGCCGGGAGGUAGCGAACGAUGCAGAGAAGUCUUAUAAGUCCAAUGUGGAACAGCUCGAUAAACUUCGGGAAGAAUGGGAACAGGAGUAUUCUAAUACCUGUGAGAUUUUUGAGCAGCAGGAAUGUGACCGAAUCAACAACCAGAGGAACUCCAUGUGGGUGCACUGCAACCAGCUCUCACUGCAGUGUGUGAAAGACGAUGAGCUAUACGAGGAGACUCGGAAGGUGCUGGAGGUGUGUGACAUUGAUGCAGAUAUAGACUGCUUUAUCCAGAAAAAAAUGACUGGAACAACUGCCCCUGCUCGCAUAGAAUACGAGAAUUAUUACAACAAGUUCCCUGGCAUGGACAACAGCGCUGUGGCCACUUCCAGCAAUGGAGGUGUCAAGAAAAGGUUUUUUCCCUAUUCAUAUUUACCUAACAGAUUUAGUAAUCUACUGCCGGGCAACACUUCCAAACAGAGCGGAAGCAGGCCUACUGCGCCACCUCCAGCUGAAGUGGUGUACGCAAGUAUUAAUCCUGUAGCACAGGAGAAUCAGAACACCUACAGAGUGCUGUACGACUAUGUAGCACAGAAUGUAGAUGAGCUGGAAAUAAUGGCUGGAGACAUUGUCCACAUCACAGAUGAGAAUGAGGAUGGCUGGUGGACAGCAGAGAGGAAUGGACAGAGUGGACUAGUACCCAGCACCUAUCUGGAGAAAGCUUAAGAACAAAACAUACUGACACUCAGGCUUACUCUGGAGUUGCUGUUGUAGCAUCUCCAUUUGCACAUUCCUGACUGGUAAUGUUCCUCGAACUGGUGACUUUGAACUGUGUGGUGGUGGUGGUAAUAUACGUGGUUUGAUAAGUCUAUUUUUGUUAAUUUUUUUUUACAAAAAUGCUAUUGUAAAGCUACUAUGUUCAUCUCCUCAUAUCUCCCGGAAGUAUUGGCCUCUUUCCAGAAAUACCUACAUUCCAUUCGCCUCUGGAACAAAAUCAUCUGGUCUGCUUCAAAGCUCUUCCCAAGAUCAUUCCUUUGUAUAAAAAAUAUUCCUUCCUAACUUCCUGAUGUUUCACAUUAAUCUGGACUUUCAAAGCUUUGCUAUGAAUGAACAAUUUGACUACAUUGGCUCUGCCAAUUCCCAUUCAUAAUGUUUAAAACUUCAAUGAAGUCAAUUCAAAGCAUCUUUACAAAAGAGGCGUUUCUCUCUGCCCCUUCACUGUACAGUAGUGAGCUCUUUGUAAAGAAAUCAUUCAGCUGGGAAAUGUUUAGUGGAAACUUCAGCCAAGUGACCAUUUAUUUGUGUUCAAGCCUUGACAAUGUUAGCAUGCUAUUUAAAUUGCUUUGUAUAGCUGUUUCACAACAGCAGUGUCUGUACCCAUAGUGCUCUUUUGAGGAAUGGGCUGUGGUACCUUUAACAAGACAGCUGUAUAGCACCUCCUCAGGCAAAUCCUGCAGCCUCCAAAUCACAGUUUACAGAGCCAGGUAGUGUUGUAAAUGGUUUCCAAGAUUGCUCUCAGCUCAAGUGUGUGCAGAUGAAAACCACUGCAGGUGAAAACAGUCACUUGAGACAAAAAUUUAAUAAAACUUCUAUUCAUUUCUGCUGCAAUCCUCAUUUAUACAUUUCUUCCAUGGUGCUAACAGGAGGUUAUUUGAUUUUCAAACUAAAUACAUUUUGUGAAUAUAAGAUAAAAUUAGGUUACCUUCGUGAAUCACUUAAUUUGUGAAUUUAAUGCUUUUGUUUUCUCCCCACUGAUUUAAAAAGUUGGCUGUGGAUCAAAUGCAUUUGUAACAGCACAUACUACCAUGACAUACUAUCUGCUGGAGCUUGCUGUACCACGCCACGUUGCAGCAAACCUCUUCAAAAUAAGUUCAAAAAAUUACAUUAUUAAAAAUAGCCCAUAGUACUCAAAGGUCUUUUUUACAGAACUCUAGAAUUUUAAGCAGUUUUGAGCAACUCAAUAUUUACAUUUUUCUCUUGUAUAGAUUUGAUAAGUUCUAAAAAUUUCAGCUGUUGUAUAUAGGUACAGUUUAACCAAGGGUCUUAGAAUCUUCUGUUUAUAUAUUUCUACUACUUUAAUGUAUUACUGUACUUCUAAAUGAUAUUACUAAUCUAUAGCCAAGUCAAUAACAAACUUUUUUUUAAAAAACGAACUAACCUUGUUUAAAUCAAGAUUCCAAGUAAAUGUGCUUUUUAAACCA